GCCCGCUCCUCCCCAGCUGCUGCCGCCGCCCCUGCCGGAAGGGAAGCGGAGCAACCGGCAGUACCGAACCGCUCGGCGUAGCAUCCACGCAGCGGCAGCGGCCGCCGGCAGCGCGUGAGAUCGACGCGCGGCGACUUUCGCCGCCCUCCCAUAAAGCGCCGCCCCGAAUCGCAAAACCCGCCGAGAAGCUUUGUUUCGUUUUUGCGGUUUUUGUUUCAUUUCGGCGCGGGGUGGGGGUGGCUCGGCUCCACUCCAGUCUCCGGAGCGGAGGAUGUCCGGCGAGAGCUGCGUCGGGCGGCCGCUUUUCGGCGGCGCCCUCUCCACCGCCUUCCCCGUCCGGUUCCAGGAUGUGAGCAACAUCCGGGAAGUCCCCGACCAUCAGGAGGUGUUCGUUGAUCCGGCCCGCGACGAGAGCCUCAUCUUCGAGCUGCUCGACCUCAAGGGCGAGGUGGAGGACGCCGGCAGCGCGCUCUGGUUCCUGCGGGACAUCGCCAACGAGCAGGACGCGGGGGAUAACUUGGUGGUCGAGCAUUCUGGAACGCUUGAGCUAGCCGGUCUACGUUUUGGAGAUACUCCUGCAGUUGCUGAAACCGCGGUUGGUCAGCUGGCUGUCUCGAAAGGAAGGCAAGGCAGAGAAGCACAGAACAUUGUUCGACUUUACUUGGCCAAUAUACGCCUCAAGAAUGCAGCAACUGAUGUAGUUAUUACUGCAUAUGAGCCACUGUUGAUAAACCCCUUGAGUGAAAGCUCCACGGCUGUUGCAGCUGGUCCAGCAGUACCUGCUGAACAAGCAGGAUGCUUGCCAAUGUCUGAGAUCUUCAAGCUGGCUGUGAUGAACUUCAAUGUCCAUGACUGGAACCUUUUCAAUGGCAGCGCUUAAAACAGGGUGGAUAAUUUGUCAUAAUACCAUUACGCGAGCAUUGCAGGAAUUUUUUCCUUGACCUAGCAUCUGAACAUUAUUUUGGAUGGGCAAUAUUCGGUGUGUUAAUGUAUUGUCAUCAGCAGACGCCCUCACUCAGUAUAUCAUGUUAGCUUCACGAGUUUACUCAAUUGGCCCGUGUUAGUAAUAGCAAGUACUAAAUCAGUAAAGAAGAGUUUUGUGUAUCCAUAAAGUUGGCUAUGAAUUCUGGAGUUCUUCAUUACGUUGUUUGAGUCGACUGGUUUGAAAAGUUCCUCCCGAGAUCAAUUAGAUUUCUUCUUUCAAAAAAUCAAUUGGAUUUGCCGGAAGGGAAAAUGUCGUUCUCCCUGCAUUGUAUGGACUGGAACAUUUGUCCUACACAAUACCAUAUAUUAUUGAUCCCUUACUCAUUGCAACAGGCACCAAGGGUCCAGGAUGACGA